AUGCAGUUCACGGACUCAGAGCAAGAACAACCAACAUGCUUACAAGGCCACCGAUCAUCUCUGAUCCUCCAAACCCUAGAAGGAGGCAACAUCUGCCUCCUCUGCGUCUCGAACCUCAUCUCCAACCCCAAAUCACCUACAGUCCACGUCUCCUACGCUCUCUCACAGCUCUCUCACGCCCUCUCUCAGCCGCAAUUCCUUCACUCCCUCCUCACCUUCCACUCUCACUUCCUCGUAUCACCCCUAGUUCAAGCCCUCUCUUCCUUCGACGACGAGCCCAUUGCUAAUCAGAUUAUCGAUUUGAUUAUUCAGAUAUGCAGCGCGGAGGAUUGUGAGGCGUAUGGGGAGUUUGUGACCAGGGUUGGGGAUAAAUUGUCUAGCGGUGCGUUGGGUUGGAGUCGGAGACAGGUUUAUAUGGUUCACUGCUUAGGUGUUCUCUUGGAUCAUCAGGAAGAAAAUCCAUAUCUCCAAAUCAAAGACAAAAAUGCCCUUGUUGUCAACCUUGUUACAGGUCUUCAGUUGCCUAGUGAAGACAUCCGAGGGGAGAUCCUAUUUGUUCUGUACAAAAUAUCCCUCCUCCAAUAUGUGUAUAAGGAUGAUGGUUGUGCGGAUGUUUUAUUUGUCAACUGUCCCAAGCUCUUGUACUUAUCCUUGGAAGCUCUCAUGAAGACUCAAAGUGAUGAUGUUCGCUUGAAUUGCGUAGCGCUUUUGACGGUCUUGGCUCAAAGAGGUUUCUUUCAGAAUGCAUGUGCAAAUGAUCUAAGCAGCAAAAAUCCCUGUGAAGCUGACAACUUCAUGCAUACAGCAGAACAUGGAAUAGAUGAGCCUCUGAACAUCUUGUUUGCUGAGGCUGUCAAAGGUCCCCUGCUUUCUUCAGAUAGCCAAGUUCAAAUCGGUACAUUGGAUUUAAUCUUUCUGUAUCUGUCAUGGGAAGGUGGUUCAGAAAAAGAAGUCCAGAUAUUGGUAGAAGAGAACAUUGCUGAUUAUGUAUUUGAAAUACUGAGAUUGUCAGGGUGCAAAGAUCCCAUAGUUAACUCUUGCAUUCAGGUUCUUGAUCUACUAUCAACAGCUGAACAGGCAUUCAGACAGAGACUUGCUAUUGGAUUUACAACUUUGGUGCCUGUACUACGAUAUGUGGCUGGAGUACCCUUCCAUCCUGUUCAAACUCAGACACUGAAACUUAUAUGGUACUGUGUUUCCGACAGCCCUGGUAUAGCAUCUAGCUCUCAUAUUGAAGAACUAGGUCUUAUCUUGACAGGGAUGUUUAAAAAACAUAUUGAUGGGGAUACAGGCAUGCUUCCAGAGGCAUUCACCAUGGCCUGCACAAUCCUUGUAACUCUAAUGCAAUCACCAUUGUCUAAUGAAACAUCAAAUUUGGCAACUUCAGUUAGAGAUGCAUCAAGACAUUCAAUUUUAACUUGUUUGAACAUUUAUGAUGAAUACCCCAAUCAACUUCUCCACUCCCUCUACCUACUGAAAGAGGCAUAUGCAUAUAGUCAUGAGCCACAUGCCACCAACUCCAGUAACAUAGAAUUAAGAGAUUGUAUUCUAGAUAUAUGCAAAACACACAUGUUACCUUGGUUUAUAGCAGUCCUCAAUGAGAUGGAAGAGGAGGAUAUUGCUUUAGGAAUACUGGAGACUUUUCACUCCAUUCUGCUUCAACAUUCUGUCCAAGCCAAGGAGUUCACAGAUAUUCUGGUCUCAUCCUCUUGGUUCAGUUUAUCAUUUGGAUGUCUAGGUUUAUUUCCUUCAGAAAAGAUGAAAUCGAGAGUUUAUCUGAUGUUCAGUUCCAUCAUGGAUGUGCUUCUGGGAAAUGACUCUGGGCAACCCAUUCGAGAUUCUGCUUUGCAUCUACCUUCUGAUCCAAUGGAUUUGCUAUUCCUACUAGGGCAGAAGAGCUCCCAUAAUUUGGAAUUGGCUUCUUGUCAAUUUGCAGUCUUGCUUAUACUCUAUGCCAGCUCUUUGCAUGACGAUAGGCUUGCAGAUGAAAAGCUGGUAUUAACUUCUCUGGAGCAAUAUAUUCUAGUUAACAGCAGCAAUAUCCUUUAUGGGGCUGCUGAGUCAAUUACACUGGGGCUACUUAUAAAUCUUUAUGGCCUUUAUAGGGGCCUUGCAAAAAAGGGCUAUCAAAUUCCUUACAGUCCAGAGGCUGAAAGGAUCCUGUUCCAUUUAAUGGAUGAAAAGAAAUGGGAUUUCCUUUGCACUUGCAUUCACAUGACAUCUCUGAAAUGGUUAUUUCAACAAGAGAAAAUCUGCAAGUCAUUGUCUAACCAGAUUCUCAAGUUCUGCAGGUGCAAUAGCUCAAAUGAAACCCACAUUAUCAUUCAUCGAAACAGUGUUCAAAACAUAGAUUUAAAUGCAAUUGGAGAAUUGAUAGCAUCAGACGAUAACUUUGGAGCGACACUCUUUGUAUGUUUAUUGAGAGAGCUUGUUGAAGAAGGUGGCAAUGAGCAUGACUUCAUUUCAGUAGUCAAUAUCCUGGCAGUAAUCAUUGACUUCUUUCCAGCUGCCUCAGACCAAUUAUGUUUACAUGGGAUAGCUAGUCCAAUCCACAAUGUUUUUUGUCAUGCAAGGCAUUGCUCUUCCCCUCAAACAUUCAGGACUCUUUCCCAGCUAAUUUUUAUCAUUUUGCGUUCAGUACAUCCUGAAUCACUCUCUGAUGAUGAAGCUUGGCUUGCAGUGACAAUGAAGUUAAUGGACUAUCUGAUAGCCACAGUAGAUGCAGACGGAUGGACUGAAGAUGGUCUCAUGAUAAUUGGCAUCCUUUGCUUGAUUUUGCACUUUUCCACCAAUCAAAAAUUGGUAGAAGCUUCAAAAACUAUACUUCUGAGUAGUUCCUUGGGCUUAAUAAUCAACAACACAAUCACUGAAGCCUGUGCAAGGGGACCUGCUUUAGUUGAUUACAGUGAGGGAACAAAAUUGGGGGAAACUCUGAUAUUUGUGCUUUCACUGCACUACUUCUCUUUGAGAAGUGUGCAGGCUGUUCUACCGUGGACUCUGGACUGGAAAAAUAUACUAGAUGAUGGCAGUAGCAUGCAGACGCUAUCCUUUAUGAGCAUUCAUUGCCGAGAUUUGUGCAGGCUUAUGCAUUUCGGGUCUCCUCUGGUCAAGCUGGUUGCUUCAUAUUGCCUGUUGGAGCUGUUUACUGGAGUAUCAGAAGUGAAUUGUGGAAACCAAGAAAAUCCACAAUGCACCACGUGGUACCUGUUGUCUGUUAUGGCAGUAUUAGAAGGCCAGAUAUUUUGUAGUGAUAUUCGAGUGGCAAUGAACUGUUCUCACUGCUUAUCGAUGAUUUUGAGCUGGGAAAAGCCAGAAAUGGAGACACGAUUGGCACAUGAAAACAAUUGGUGCAGGUUGGUAGUAGAGGAGCUAGCAAUGUCUCUGGCAGUUCCAUGUUUGGCAUCAAAAUCAUUCAUGUUUCAUCACAAGCCUGCAGUUCAUGUAGCAGUUGCACUGCUAAAACAGAAAAAGGUUCCUGGUUGGAUGACUUCAGUGUUUGAUGAUUCUUGUAUAUUUGCUAUAGUAAAAAACCUUUCCCCAAGUAAUGUGAGCACUGAGAUGGUGCUUCUAUUUCGAAAGUUACUGAAUUGCAAUUACCUGAAGGCUGAGCAAAUUGCUGGUCUAAAUCGGGUGUUCCAGGCAUGCAGGAAAUGUACAUACAAAGAUGAUGUUCAAGAUGUUAGUGCAGAGGAGCAUACGCAGAAGAUGGUUGUCAUCCCAGAUGAUUUAGGAAAAGUUUGUGAGUUCCUCAUUGACAUCAUGUCAUCCCAAUUAACUCCCGCCAUUGGCCGAUUUCAAAUUAGUAAAAUGCGACUGUUAGAAGAAAUAGAGUUAUUUUCCAAAAGUUUAAUUGGAGAGGACGAUGGUUAA